UUUCUCAGUCCCAAACCUCGAGUCUUCUCCCCUAGUGGACUCCGCGAUUUCAGGACUCAACUACUAGUACUCCGUACAAGGCAGCGGCCAGCAAGAUGACAUUUGCUCCAGACCCCACCACCGAGCCCGUGAGCCGCCACCACCCCUCCGACUCCUCCCCUCCUCCUUCGCUUACCGCCUUCACGUCCGUAGGCGCCAGCCCCGAGCCGGAGUGGGAGGACCAUGUCCCGGCGGCUGAGUCGCUGGACGACGUCGCCGCUGAUUCGGAGGACGAGGCGGAGUGGGCCGCCGCGGCCGCCGCCGCUGCCGCCGAGUUGGAGGACGAGGCGAAAUGGGAGGACGCCGCCGCCGCCGAGUCGGAGGACGACGCGGACACGGGAGAGCACGACUCCCCACUCCCAUUGUUGCCAAGCAGGGCCGAGCUCUUCCCUAGGCUCGAAGCCGCCUGCGAAGCCCGCCGCCUCCAGGACCAGGAGGAUCGCCUCCUCAAGCGUCCACCGCCGCCGGCGGGGGGUGGGGACCCCGAUGAUAGGCCACGGAAAAGCCGCCACUGGAGGCGCUUCAGGGAACUAAGUGCUACCAAGUCCAGCCCGGCUAAACCUGUGCUCAAGCCUGAUGAAAAUGCAUUAUCUCUUCCACCAUCAAACAAGAGCAAGGAGGCGUUAUCUGACAAGGUUGCAGAUCAAGGGGAUGACACUACAAACUCCUCUAAAAGUACAUCAUAUCAAAUUGUUCCUUAUGAGAAUGGCCAUGAAGAAAACUCCCUAGUUCUUCCAGCUAAAAAAAUAAAAUACUCUAUUGAUACAUAUGCUGUACAAUGUGGUAAGUGCUGGAAAUGGAGACUCAUUCCCACCAAAAUAAAAUAUGAUGAAAUUCGGGAGAAAAGUAGACAUGUUCCUUUUCUUUGCGAACAUGUCCAUUCGUGGAAGCCUGGAGUCUCAUGUGAUGAUCCAGCAGAUAUAUCGCAAGAUGUCGGGUUCUGGGCGAUUGAUAGACCAUGCAUCUAUCAGACCCCUCCUGGGUGGGAAAGGACAAUAUCUAUAAGAAGUGAAGGUUGCAGCAGAUUUGCUGACGUGUACUAUUUUCCUCCUUCAGGCAAAAAAUUAAGAUCAAAGACCGAUGUCGAAAAUUAUCUUCGAGACAAUCCAGGCUGUGCUGUCGGUUUAGACAAAUCUCAGUUUUCGUUCAAGAUACCUAUGCGUCUACAGGAUUACGUAAGAAGGUGCCGCCGUCAGUCAAAGCGCCAUCGUCAGUCAAAGCCUCUUGAACCAAACGAAGUGCUACCUCUAUCUUGUGCGCCUCCGAUUCAUGAGGAUCUUGCGCCCAACCGCGUGCUGGCCCUGUAUGACGAAGGCCAAUACUGCAUGUGACAUGCUAGCCAAUGCAUAGUGGCGGCCGCUCUCUAGCACGAUAUCAUAUUCCUGUUUGUACUAUACCUUAGUAAUAGCUACCUCCCCUAGCUUAUACCGUAGUUGCCUCCUGCUUAGACGGAAUUGAGAAAGUUUUUGGGACAUUGACAUCUCAACAGACUGAUGUCGUGGAAAGUUAUUAAAAGUUUAAACUGCCACCUUGGUUAUA